AGUAGCAUCAUCAGAAUGACUUAUGCUAAAUUGGCUUCAUCAGUGACGUUGCUGGUGAUAUUUUUGAGCUUUACAGUGAAAAAUGUCUAUUCCGUAAAAUGUUAUGUAUGCGACAACUGCGUGAAAGUGGAUACGAAUACUACAAUUAAAGACCAGUGUGGUGCAUGCGUUCAAGCAGGACUUCCGAGUGUUUUCGUACACAGACAAUGUGUUGAGAAUUGCUCAGACAUCCUGUCUAAUUUCCCUGUCAAGCAACUCCUCAAUUGCUGUACAACUGAACUGUGCAAUGAUGCUGGGAAAUUGAAGCCAUUUGUAUCGGUGACAAUUGCAGUUUGCUUCAUUUGGAGAAUGUUAACUGGUCCCAGAUUGAAUUGAAUUGAAUGAAAUUGAAUUGCAUUGAGUCAGCCCACAGCGAGACUUUCAAACGGAGUAGCUGGUGUUUGUUGUUUUGUUUUGUUUUCUUGUGAUUUUUGUUUACAAACAUUUGAGUACUGUUGCAUACCCCAGUGUGAUAGUGCAUCUAUUUUUGGCUUCAUUUAUUUUACAGUUGAACUUAAUAUUUUCUUAUUUCUAAAUUAUUAUUCUCUUGUAUGGUGUGUUGUAAACUGAUUCAAAAUUUGCUUAAAAAUUGAUUAAUACAAAUUCCUUCUAAUUAA